UCAAAAAAAAAAAAAACUCACUUUUUCUUUGUUCCCACCCCCCAACAAAAAAGCGUUCUUUUCCCACUUUUACACACAUUCACAAAGGAAACAAGAAAGAAAAGUAUAACUAUGUGUCAGGUAACAACAUCUCAUGACCUAAAUUGCAAUCUCAACUCUCCAAACAUGAACACCAACACAUUGACACUACCAUUGAUCUCCAAAGGAGGAGCAGCAGAAGAAGAAGAAGAAGAAUCUCAAUCAGAUAAUAGUAACAUCUCAGAGUCAUUAAAGGAAUUAAUAUCAAUAUCAAAGAUAGCAUUCCCAAUGAUACUGACAGGGCUAUUACUGUAUUGCCGUUCAAUGAUCUCCAUGCUGUUCUUAGGACAACUUGGGGAGCUAGCCUUAGCAGGAGGCUCACUAGCACUGGGCUUCGCCAACAUCACCGGCUACUCGAUCCUCUCCGGCCUAGCCGUGGGAAUGGAACCCAUCUGUGGACAAGCCUUUGGUGCCAAGAAAUUCAGCCUUUUAGGCCUAUCCUUACAAAGAACCAUUCUCUUGCUUCUCUUGACUUCAAUCCCAAUAUCACUCCUCUGGCUCCACAUGAAGCAAAUCCUUCUUCUUUGUAACCAAGAUGAGGCCAUAGCCAUAGAAGCACAAUCAUAUCUUCUAUUCUCAAUCCCUGACCUCAUAGCACAGUCUUUUCUUCACCCUUUGAGGAUUUAUCUCAGAACACAGUCCAUUACUCUGCCUCUAACACUCUGUGCCUCUUUCUCAAUUCUCCUCCACAUACCAAUCAACUAUCUCCUUGUUUCUCACCUCAACCUUGGAAUCAAAGGCGUUGCGCUUAGUGGGGUGUGGACAAAUUUCAACCUUGUUGUUUCUUUGCUUCUCUAUAUAGUCUUCUCAGGAACUCACUCCAAGACAUGGGGUGGAUUCUCUUCUGAGUGCUUCACAAAAUGGAAGCAGCUCUUGAAUUUGGCAAUCCCAAGCUGCAUUUCUGUGUGCCUUGAAUGGUGGUGGUACGAGAUCAUGAUCUUGCUGUGUGGUCUGUUAUUGAAUCCAAGAGCAACCGUAGCUUCAAUGGGGAUUCUCAUCCAAACAACAUCGCUGCUCUACAUUUUCCCAUCUUCUCUGAGCUUCAGUGUUUCCACAAGGGUAGGGAACAAGCUAGGAGCACAAGAGCCUUCAAAGGCGAAACUUUCGGCCAUUGUAGGACUCUCUUGCAGCUUCAUUUCUGGUGUAUCAGCACUGGCUUUUGCUCUAACUGUUAGGAACAUGUGGGCAAGCAUGUUCACAAGGGACAAAGAGAUUAUAGCAUUGACAUCAAUGGUGUUACCAAUUAUAGGUCUUUGUGAACUUGGUAACUGUCCUCAAACCACAGGUUGUGGUGUUCUUAGAGGGACAGCAAGGCCUAAAACAGGUGCUAACAUCAACUUAGGUUGCUUCUAUCUUGUGGGAAUGCCUGUGGCAAUUUGGUUAGGCUUCUUUGCUGGCUUUGAUUUUCAAGGUUUGUGGCUUGGCCUACUUGCUGCUCAAGGCUCUUGUGCUGUGUCCAUGUUGGUUGUUCUUCUUAGAACUGAUUGGGAUUUAGAAGCUCAAAGGGCUAAGAAAUUAACAGCUUCAUCAGCAUCUGUUGGAGGAGUUUGCAAUGAUGAUGAUGAUAAGAACAAAGAUGUUUAUCAUCAUCAUUAUGAUGCAGACAACAAGUUACCCAAACCUCAAAGCAAGGAAGAUUCUUUCUCAUCUAAUAAUUCAGAUGAACACCAACACUCUUAUUGGGUUUAAUUAGUUUUCCUUUAUCUUUCUUUUUUUGGUACAUAGAAUUUAAGGGUGUUCCACACCAAUUUAGCUCACUAAGAUCUAAACAUAUCUUCAAACUCAAUGGCUUGGUUCUUGUGAGAGAUUCUGAAAAAGAUAAAAAAAAAAAAAUAUUUGGGGAAUUUGUCUUUAGCUGUAUAGGGGAAGGGCAGGAGGCAGAGACUAGAGACAGAGGAUGACUUUUUUUUCUUUUCUUUUUCUUUAUUUUAAACUUUUUUCUUUUUUAAGUUGGGUUGGGAAAUUUUAAUAACACAUUGUUACUUCAAACUAAAAUGUUC